CAGACUUUGAUUUUUGGGUUAAAUCUGAAACUGAAGUAUGGAUAUAACACAAGAAGUCAGUGAGAAGACUUGUAAAAUAGAAAUAGAUAAUAAUCAAACGUCUGAUGGUCCUUUAAGUAACUUAAAAAUCGAAAUAAAGGAGGAACCCAAGCAAGAAUAUACAUAUGAUGCAUUUAAGUAUUCAGGAUUGAACGAAUUCUCCCUAAAGCCUAAAUUAGAACAAAAUGAAUAUAAAUUUAAACUAUUUAAAGAAAAUCAAACAACAAAUGACGAAGGUUCUCCUCAUGAGGAGAAUAAAAUGGAGACUGUGAAAACUUUACCUGCACAUUCAUCUCAAAAAGGAAGUCGUGAGGACUCCGUGGAAGCCGUGAAGCACUCCGAGGAAGCCGUGAGGCACUCUGAAGCAAAAAUAUUAAAUAAAAAUAUAAAAGUUGGGACUGGACAAAGGCCUUACAAAUGUGAAUUUUGUUUUAAGCAGUUUUCUAGAACUAAUAUUUUAAAAAACCAUUUGAGAAUACACACUGGAGAAAAAUCUUACAAGUGUGAGAUAUGUUUUAAAGCGUUUGCUAGAAAUGGCUAUUUAACUGAACACAUGAAAGUUCACACAGGAGAAAAGCCUUAUAAGUGUGAAAUUUGCUUCAAGCGGUUUUCUCAAACACAUAUUUUGAAAACUCAUUUAAGAACACACACUGGAGAAAAACCUUAUAAGUGUGAAAUUUGUCUUAAACAGUUCAGCACAGCGUGUGAUUUGAAACAACAUUCAAGAACACACACUGGACUUAAACCUUACAGCUGUGAAAUUUGUUUUAAGCAGUUUUCUCUAAAAGGUAGUCUAAGGAUUCACUCGAGAACACAUACUGGAGAAAAACCUUACAAGUGUGAAAUUUGUUCUAAAAGGUUUUCUCUAACAGGAAAUUUGAAAGUUCAUUUGAGAACACACUCAGGAGAAAAACCUCAUAAGUGUGAAAUUUGUUUGAAGCAGUUUAGUGAGGCAGGAAGUUUGAAAACACAUUUUAGAGUUCACUCCGGUGAAAAACCUUACAAGUGUGAGAUUUGUUUUAAGCGGUUUUCUCAAACAGGUCAUCUAAAAAAACAUUUUAUGGCACACACUGGUGGAACACCUUAUAAGUGUAAAAUUUGAUUUCAGCAGUUUUCUACAGCAAGUAAUUUAAAAACACAUUUGGUAGUGCACACUGAAAAAAAGCUUAAGUAUAAGUGUGAAAUUUGUCUAAAGGAAUAUGUGACACUCCUAGACCCCGAUAGACCGCCGAAGAUUCCGGCCUAUUUUUGUAAUUCCGCGUAAACAAUUUUUUGUCUACCUCAUCAAUCAGUCCUGAUUUGUCCAUUGUCGAACAUAGGUCUCCUCCAGAUAUUUCCAUCUUCUUCUGUUCUGCGCAUGUGCUAUCCAAUCGGUCACAAUUCUUUUUAGGUCGUCGGUCCACCGCGUUGGGGGGUCUUCCUCAGCUUCGCUUGUCUGCCUGUGGUCUCCACUCAAGCAAUUUUUUUGUCCAUCUAUCGGCUUUCAUUCUUGCAACAUGUCCCGCCCAUUUCUAUUUUUGCCUUAUAAUACGUUCGAUAAUAUCUUCGACUCCGGUUCGCCUACGAACUUCCUCGUUUCUUAUUCUAUUCUCUAAGGUUAUUCCACUCAUUGAUCUCUCCAUCUUUCGUUGUGUCCUGCUCAAUUUUUCAAUUGAUGUUUUUGUGAGAUUUAAAGGUUUCUGCUCCGUAUGUAAGGACUGGUAGAACGCACUGGUUAAAAGUUUUCCUACCUAAGCCAAGUCUACCUAAGUGAGGAUAAUUUGUGACCUGUCUUUGGUUUAUUUAUCUGUAAAUAUUCUUUGUUAUUAUAGCAAAAGGUGUUUACAUUGUAAACUCUUCCGUAAUAAUCUUUUUUAUUCGAAAGAUUUCUAGAACAUUGUAAUAGGGUAUAUAAGACGCUUUUGAAUUAGUCAGAUACCUAGGUACUUGAAUUGGGAUACACAGCAUCUCAAUAAACAUCAUAUUACAAAUAAACCUUUUAAUAAUUAAAUGCCCGUGGUAAUGUUUGUUUAAUAAAUACGAGUAACCUAGUUUUGCAUGCUAGUAUUUGAUACAAGGUCGAGUUGCAAUAAUAUUCAGUGGGUGUUUAUUAACAGUCAGCACUUUAAAUCACGGUCACCUCGGCUUACCAAAACAGUAAAUAAACAAUAACCGACUUUAAUUAUAUUUUUACGAGAACAGAUAAAUCAAUUAGCAGUUGAGAUUCGACGGGGGUAACAUCGAAUUCAAGUAAAUAACAUACCACCAGUUACUUUCUGUGAUAUAGUUAACGUGUAAAUAAAUGACUUAACAACGAACUAUAUUUACUACAUUAACCCUCAUCUUCGGGGUAACCACCCCUAAGUAUCCAUGGUGGCACAGAAGGCAGGAGCCACCAUAUGGCGAUCCAAGACCAGGCGAGAACGUAAGGAACAAGCAGUCUAGAACGAGAAAUGGGAAAAUACGUCAAUGUUCUUGCACCUCGACCACCCUAGACAACAGUGUGGUACCUACAUGGAAAAUAAUGGAGACGUCAGGCUUGACAUGGAGCUGAAUGGAAUGGAAUGGAGACGGAACUACCAUAUAGAACAUCGUGGGACAAUGGAAAAUGGACAGUAGUACGGAACGUGCAGCGAGGACUUUUUGGUGAUACGAACACAGACAUUU